AUGAGCUCUUCUCUCGAGGCUAAAAUUGUUGUCCUCGGCGCCCAAGGCGUCGGCAAAACCUCGCUUGUCGAUCGCUAUGUCAAGAACGACUUCAACCCCUCCGCUACAGCCUCGACUGUGGGCGCCUCCUUUGUGACCAAACGCGUCCUCGACAGCGCCUCCGAUACCAUCGUUCGACUUCAGAUCUGGGACACAGCCGGCCAGGAACGUUUCCGCAGCAUCUCUCGUCUCUACUACCGCGGCGCCAAUGCCUGCCUUCUCUGUUACGACAUCACCGACGAGCAAAGCUUCCAAGAAAUGACCGGCUGGCUCGCGGAAUUGAAGAAGAACCUUGUCGAAGACGACCCCAUUGUGAUUCACGUUGUCGGAACAAAGACCGAUAUUGUUACCCUUGAUCCCUCUCGGCGAAAAGUCCCCUUCGAACGCACAAUCGCCUAUGUUGCCGAGCAGCUCUACCCAACACAAGCAUCCACACCACCCGCGACGGCCGGCUUGGGCGGGCACUCAUCCAGCACACUUGCAGGCGUUGAUAGCAAGCGCAGUAGUGCGUUCUGGGGCCAGGAUAUCGGGUGGGAUUGCUGCCAUGAGAUUAGCGCCAAGGAUGGUGAGGGUAUCGAGGAGGUAUUUCGUGUCAUAACGCGAAAGCUGGUCGAGCAGCGUAAUAAGCGAGAAGCGGGAACAAGUUCAUCGCAGCGAUCGUCGACAGUGUUUGAUGGAACGACGUCAUCUCUGACCCCUGGAAAUAUCGAUGGGAAUGGGAGCUUCCGCCUGGGGUACGGGGACAAACGCCGCAGUUGGUUGGGAUUUCCGCCUAGUAGUGUUGGGGAUGAAUUGGAAGAUAUUGUGGAAGGUCCUAAGCGCAAAGGAGGACAGUGUUGCUGA